CUAAAUCUUAUCGUCUCCUUUCAUGUGUGCUCAUGUCAGUUCACGAUCAGAAACCAGACGUCUCCCCUAACACCUCCAUUGCCAUUGAUUAUCCCAUUACGCCCAUUCACGAAUCCGCUGCUCAACAUCAGGAUCUCACCAAAGUUCAAUCCGCCGAACAGAAAAGACAGCGAUUGUACAAAACGGAGCUUUGCCGUAACUGGGAGAAACAGAACCAAUGUCAAUACGGUGACCGCUGUCAGUACGCCCAUGGAGUAUGCGAUCUCCGUCAAGUCGAACGUCACCCAAAAUACAAAACGCAGACCUGCAGAACCUUUGAACAGACAGGCGCGUGUCCCUACGGUAUUCGAUGCACGUUCCGCCACGAACUCUCUUCUCCAUUGACAUCAGUUGCCCUCGAUAACCUAUCUGCUCAUCCACAAACCUCACUGCCACCACGGAGACAAUGGGUUUUCGACUCUAAUACGGUCGACAUUACUUUGACCUCGGAAGCGGAAAGUCUUCUGCCUCAAAAGUUAUUAACUGAUUUGGCCAAUCCACCGAUCAGUCCUUCAGCCGAUCUGUGGUAUCCCAUGAAUGCCGAUCUUCGCUGUAUACCUUUUUUCUAAACAAAUCAAAAUAUCCUCACCCAAAAAGUAAGCACAAACCCAUCCCAACAUUGGUUUGAGUUGAAACAAAAAAAAAGGUAUCCCGAUAGCUUUUCUUUAUUCUUUUUCCCUUUUUUUUCAUGCUAGCUGCACUUUAUUUAGUAUAUGAUCGACUGUAAAUAACUCUAUAUAUCCUUUGACGGCGCACUUAUCUUUCCUUAUUCUCUAUUGUAACCAAAACAAAUAAACGAGCUCACUACGAUUGGCACAUGCACUCAUGUAUAAAAUACAGAAAAAAAGAAAAAUUAAAAAAG